ACUCUGUUACGCUCUGUAACUGUAAGUGUAACUGUAGACUGUAUUGUAAGUUAAGAGUGUAGUCAGUAGUGUUAGUGUAGUCUCACUCAAGACAAGUCUGUAGAACUGUAACUAAAUUGCCUGAGAUUUGAUUUCAAUUACUCAUGGUAUUUGUACUGAUAUUUAGUCUUGGCUACUCAUGAUAUUUGAAAUGGGGAUACUGUCUGCUAGGAGGGGUAAGAGAUUGGGUGUCUUGCUGGCAGUAUUUUGGAUUGGUGCCUUGUGUUAUUUCUGGUUGCCUGAUGCAAUCAAAUACAUUUCAAAAUCAGAUACAGAAAAAAGUGUUGAAGAAGAUAAUUUCUCUCUAGAUCAGACUUUGCAUGUUUGUAUUGCGUCUGAUCACAAAACUUUAGGAGGAAUGAUUGCACUUAUCAACAGUAUCAUUAUAAAUACCAACUCUGAAGUGAAGUUUCAUCUGAUAGUUGACAGUCAAAGUGUAGAUCGUGUCACUAUAUGGAUCAAGAGUACCAAACUGAGAUACAUUGAUUUCGAAGUGAAAGCUUUCCCAGAGGAAUGGGUUGAUGGCAAGAUUAAAAUACGAGCAGGAAGAAAAGAGUUGGCUAGUCCACUCAACUAUGCCCGCUAUUACCUGCCAAGGUUAUUCCCAGAUAUCAACGAUAGGAUUGUUUAUAUAGAUGAUGACUGUAUUGUUCAAGGAGACAUCAAAUUUUUAUAUCACAUGCAUAUAAGACCUGGACACUGGGCAGCAUUCUCUGAGGACUGUGAGGGUGUAAACAAAAGAUUAAGUCGAUUGAGUAAUGUGUAUGCAGAGUUUAUAGACUUUAAAAAUGCUAAUGUGAAAAAAUUGAACAUGAAGCCAUCGGCUUGUUCCUUUAAUACUGGAGUAUUUGUAACAGACCUUAGACUUUGGGACAAGAACAACAUAACACAGCAACUGGAAUACUGGAUGGAGCUGAAUACAAAAGAGGAAGUGUAUGGGAAUGAGAAGGGGGGAGGUGGUUCACAGCCACCUAUGAUGAUUGUGUUCUAUAACAAGUAUACGAAUAUUGAAUCUCUUUGGCACGUUAGACAUUUAGGUUUAUCCGCAGGGACAACAUACAACAAAGGAUUAUUAGAAAAUAGAGCAAAGCUGAUUCACUGGAAUGGUCCCUUCAAACCCUGGGGAAGAGUGGCUCAACACAGCAGUAUAUGGGACAAGUAUUUCAUCCCUGAACCCAGUGGGCAGUUUAAAGUAGUAAGAAGAGCUGUGUAAACUUAUGGCUUGAUGUAGAACCUGUUUAAGAUAAGAUGAUUUUAUUGGUCCAAAUAAAUAGGAAUUCAAUUUGACUACAAUUGUCCAUCUCAGAUCAGUUUCUAUGAGUUAUAAGUACAAUAAUGACUCAUUCACUAUUAUUCUUAUCUAUACCAACUGGAACUAGCAAUCUUUUUUAUAAAUCAUCGCAUUGAUCUGAUUAGUUUGGGUACAAUAAUGACUCAUUCACUAGAUUUAAGUUUCUAAUCUAUACCAACUGGAACUAGCAAUCUAUUUUUUAUAAAUCCUGGCACUGAUCUGAUUAGUUUAUCAUUUUUAAAACUAUUUAGUCCUUUGUUUUUUGCAUACCAGACAUUAGAAAUGCCUUUCUUUUUUUUUUUUUUAUAAUUCUUAAAUUGGUGCAUCAACGAUCCAAUCCAUUGACUAAAUUCUGUCAUUAGAUAUAUUGUACAUUAUUUUUUAUUUCCAAGGAGAUGUACAUUGUUUUGUAAAGAUGUUUAUAGUGCAAUUCUUUCAUCCAUCUGUCCUAACUUCUUGUUAAUUUUCUAAUGUAAUGAGCCCAUAGUUAGACUAAAAUUGUUUCAGAUUUCUCUGUCACUUGAGUUUUCCUUUGAUAUAUUCUUGUGUUCAUGUGGUUCCUUCAAACUGAAAUUUGAAACAUUUUCCCCAUGUUCUAAUGUUUAAAGAAUUUUAUUUGUAUUUGAAUCUCCUUUAGUGAAAACUUGAAUGUGUAUUAUGUAAAUACCUUUUGGGCCAGUGAUCAUUUUCUUUUUGUUACCGUACAUUAUAUUUUUAUUGAUGUUAUAUUUUUUAGAAACUUUUUUUUUUUUAAUUAUGAUUUAUCUAGUUCUUGAAUGUAACAUUCUUGUUUAUGUGUGAAUUUUUUUUAUUUCGCAUGUUAUUUAUGCUCAAUAGAUUUUUUGUUUACAUAAGCUUACAGAACAAUAUCUGGGAAAAGCCAGAUUUUUUAUUAAGAUGUAGAGCUUUACAAAUUGUAUGUUUACUCUGUAUGCAUAGUGUAUGAUAAUUUUAUUUGUAUGUAAAAAAUAUUGUUACAAAGUAUUAGUCUAUGCCUGAGUUCAGUCUGUUAGUUGAAAUGUUAUAAUACAUUGUUAUAAUACUUAAAGACAUAAUCUUGAGCCAAAGUUUGUUAUACUAGUUAACUUCCAGUCACUUGGAUACUAAUUUGUUUAAUCAAUACUCAGAAGAAGACAAAUGUGUACUAGACGAUAAUGCCAGUAGGUCAGUUGUUAUGCAAUUACAAAGUAGAUGAAAAAGAACAAAUGCGGGGGACAGAAAUGUUGUUUGUUAUAGAGUAAUGCUUUCUUGAUCAAGAAUAAAAGUGCUAACUGUUUGGUGAAAGAUUUUUAAAGUUGCUUUCAGAAGUAUAAAAAUCACAAGACCUCAACUGUUAAAUGAAAAUAAGUGACAUUGUGUUUUUUUUUUUUUUUUUUUUGUAAGACUACAACUCGUCAUGCAUAAUGAAUUAUUGAAUAAAUGGAAUUAUGGUUGUGUUAAAUUUUGAAUAUAGAAAAAAAUUCAAAUUUUUUUUACAAUUUAAUUUAAACAUAAAGUUGUAAUGUUAUCUCGGCAGCCUCUUUCAAAUUGACAUAUCAUCACAUUCAUUGAAGCGAAAAUCUUUUGAUGAAAUAAAAUCCAUUAUAAUGUUUUUUUGAACUCAUUUAAUAGGAAAUGUGUGGCUGAGGCCAAAACUGCUUGGCUAACCAGCGGGCUGCUCUUGCAUUCUCAACCAAGUGGUCUCAGGUUCAUCGAAGACUGAAAUUUUGAAUUUCAUGACCCCCCCCCCCCCCCCAAUAUUUCACCCAGCUUUAAUUAGUACUCAGUACUUCUUAGGGGAAAACCUAACUUAGACAUGCCCCAAUGAUGAAAGUAAUCAGUUUUAACAAAGUGAGUCUCCUCCAUCUUCUUACCAAGUAACCGAAAGGACAGACGAUUACCUUGUAUCUCAACAGAUAACAAUGUCAUGACAAACAAGUUCAACAGUGUCCUAUAGCAGAGAAAUAGGUCAAAGCUUUAAGUAGCUUGGAACUGUGUUAGACAAGAAAUUAAAUUUUAUUGCAAACUUAGAUUACAUCACCAAAAAAGGACAAUGAAGAUUAAAGCUACUAAGAAAAAUAUCCUUUAAUGUUAGUGAAAAAGCUUUGCCACUGUUUGACCAAAGCUCACAAUCUGCAGUAUUAGAAGUUUCAACAUCACUGCCUGGUAUGGCAAUCUGAACAUAUAAAAAAAAUAAUUUUUAAAUUGAAAAUGCUACUAGUAAGAUCAUAGCAAAAAACGAACCACACUUGGACACCUAUUUGAGAAAAACAUUACUUAGAAAGUUAUUAAGAUUUUAAGCAUACAAAAAUCACCCCUCUUCUUCAUGAUUUGAACAUUUUACUAUCACAAAGAAGAUAUUAAGAAACUGAUCACAGAAACAAAAAGACACAAAAACUCUUUUGUUCCUUUGGCAAUUAAAUCAUUGAACAAAAUGUAACUUUCUGUUGUAAAUUUCAAAAAAGAGAAACUGGGGUAUGAAUGUAUAUCUUGUGUACAAAUGUUUGCUCUAAUUAUGUAAGUUUUUUUCUAAUGCACAAUUGUAAAACAAAUUUCCUUACUGAUAAUAAAGAUUAUCAUUAUUAUUAAAUAGUAGGGUCUAGUAUUACAACCAUCAUAUUACAAUGAACGCAGGAGUCUUCAAUAGAUUACUUGGACACAUGAUGUUGGUAUAAACUUAAUAGUGACUUGCAGAUAGCUGCUACGAGUAAAUGAGUUGCAAUUCUAUUAGGAGCAUGUAUUGUGACAGUAGUUUAUACCAGAAUAUCAUUAAGAGUGACCAUUAUCUUAUUUGUAUUUGAAAUUAAACAAUUUAGAAUGAACUUAAUGAUUAUGUUUUUAUUAUCAGUUGAAACGUAUAAAUUGUGGACUAACACCACUUGUCUGGUUAAGUGCUUGAUGCCACACUAACAUAUCUCAGGGCAGAUGAUGUAAGAUCAUCUGUUUCUGAGGCUCACGGUUAACAAGGGUGUCAUGUGGCUAGCACAAAGACCAACCACCUUUACUUUUGCCCAACUAACUUCAAGUACUUAUUAGAGCUAGUCGGACUCAGGGGCACCCUAAAGAUCCUGAAAUUAAAAAUCCCAGGCUUCGAACCUGGGACUCCUCGUUUCAGAAGCCAAGCACUUUACCACUAAGCCACUGUGCCUCCACAUAUCUUGGUAGACAGACAGCAACAAAUAUUUGUAAUAACUAGUAUUGUUUUAGAUUAAAAAAAAAAAUUCAAUAAAAUAUUUUUUCUGUUCUAGAUACAUUUAAAUAUUUUGCAAUAUGUAUUGUUAAUUGUGAUAGUGGACCACUAAAUGAUUCCAAAGUUUUGUAGUAACUGUAUACUUAUAUUUGUAUAUUGUAACUUCAGAUUUGUGAUUAAAAAUGUUAAAAAUCAAGUAACUAUAUAGAAGAUACAUAGGUCAUACAAAUUUAGAAUUAUUUAAAAAAAAAAUAAUGAGAAAAGUAUUUUGUAAAUAUUUCUUUAUAAAGUUUCAGUAAUUUUUAACUAGCAUUUUUUUUAACUUGAAUACUUCAAGCUAAAAACUAUUUCAAUUUAUGGGCUACUGUCACAUUGUGAGUUAACUCCUUUCUAGAUGCAUGAAUGAUUGUGUGGAAUGUAAUAUGAACAUAUUGAUACAAAAUAUAUUUUUUACUUUAUACAAAUGCUUGAACAUUACCUAACUGCAUGUUUUUGUUGCUUGGUGCUAACACAUAGUUCAUCUAUUAACCCUAUCCAUGCUGUUAACCCAACAUGCAAUAUUGGAUCAACUUUACAAUGGCAUUUGUUGCAGUUUUGUCAUUGUAGAUUACUAAGAUAAUGCUUUAUAAAUCUGGUCACAUACCUGAGCCUAUGGAAGUAAUAAAAUGAAUAAAUAAACUAG